AUGUCGCAAAUCAACAUGAAGGCCAAGCAGAAGAAGUGGAUCAAGGACAUCCUUGGCGACGACGGGAUAAUGACGAAGAUCAAGGACACGAAGUCGUUCCUCUACGAGCCGACUACCAGCUCUGAAUCCGGGCUGGCAUGUAAUCAUGUGCUCCUUGGCAAGUUCAUCGACCUCCCGGCCGAGAACACCAGUCGAACACGGGGCAUUGUGAGAGUUCGGAGAACGGAUGCAGUCGAAUACGUGCUUGACCGGAUCUGCAAGCAAGCAUGUGUAAUGAUAGCCGACGGAGUCGUUCGCAAGGAGGCGAAGUCGAUCAGCCGUCUGCUGACAUACCACAAGCGGCUGGCGGAGCGAAGCUCGGAGCAGAGACACCCGGCAGUCCAGCGGCUGACGGCCGCCCGACAAGCUCAAGCAGUUCAGUUUCAAUGGUUUGCAUUGCAUUGGAAGCAGGUGUUCCAAAUCACAUGCACCCGAGGUGCUGCUACAGCAGUGCUCUUCCUUCAAGAGACUGCCGGGUUGUGUGGAUGCCGCUGCACAAGCCGACACGACUGA